AUGAAUUCGGAGGAAGAACGCCUACGAACCUUUUCCACUUGGCCUGUGAACGCUCCAGUUUACCCAAACGCAUUAGCGAAGAAUGGAUUUUUUGCGACAGGAAACUUUCUUGAAGCAAGUUGUCAUUGGUGUAAUUGCAGAAUCAGCGACUGGGAGUAUGGAGACGAAGUACAACAGAGACAUUUGGCAGCCAGCCCACAAUGUGAUUUUAUUACAAAUUAUGCAAAUUGUGGAAACGUCCGAAUACAGGAAAUGCCACACUCGACUUCAGACAUAGACAAUGCCUCUGCUCUUAUAACCCCAGAUACACAACAAUCAUCAGAUUUAAUGAUAGAAGCAAAUAGAUUGGCGACUUUUAAAAAUUGGCCGAAUCCCAACAUAUCUCCUGAAUCAUUGGCGAAAGCUGGGUUUUUCUAUUUGAAUCGAUCAGAUCAAGUUAUGUGCGCAUGGUGCAAAGGAGUAAUUGCACAGUGGGAAAAACAGGACAACGCAUUUCAGGAGCACCGACGAUUUUUUCCUGGUUGUCCCCGUGCACAAUUGGGGCCGCUAAUAGAAAUAGCUAGUGCUGGAAUAAGAGAUCUGGGCAUACAACAAAUCUCUCCAGCAAAAAAUCCAAAAUAUUCAUCCUUAGACGCUAGAUUACGUACCUACACAAACUGGCCAAUACCAGAUAUUCAAAAGCCAGAAAGUUUGGCUCAGGCCGGGCUUUACUAUCAAGGGGUUGAUGAUCAAGUUAGAUGUUUUCAUUGUAAUAUGGGAUUGCGGUCAUGGGAGAAAGAAGACGACCCUUGGUUUGAACACGCAAAAUGGUAUCCUAUGUGUCAAUUUGUACGAUUGGUCAAGGGCGCUAAAUAUAUAGAAGAUGUUCAAGAAAUGACCAGAAGAUCCAACCCAACAGAGAAUCUCAUAACUCCUAUUAUGACCAUUGACGAAGCUAUGUUAACGCCACCUGUACGGUUAGCUCUUGAGAUGGGUGUGGAUGGCGGCGUUAUACGCAACGAGACACUGCGACAGCUCAACCAUACGGGUAGACCAUAUGAAACUGUUGAAGAUCUGCUGAAGGCUGUGUUCGAUGGUAAUGAAAAUAGCGAUGAACAGAACAUUCAAAGUAUAGAAACGUCAUGUAGAGGUGAAUGUACGGGAAUUAUCAACUCUAGCGCACAACCUAUUGAAUCGAAUAAUGCCGAACAAUUUGAAAGUAAUAGUACUUCGUCCGUAUCUACGGCUACAAACAAUAUUGGAGAUGGUAGAAAAGCCGUUGGGCCCAAUUCUGAAUCAAAGUCAAACGAAUGUGUACGUAGUGCAUCACCGACGUCAAGGGGCAAAGAACAGUCGGCAACUGAGUUAUUAUCAUUGGAAGAGGAAAAUCGUAAGCUAAAGGAUGCCCGGCUUUGCAAAAUAUGUUUGGAUGAAGAAGUUGCAGUAGUUUAUCUUCCCUGCGGUCAUUUGGUAUCUUGCGUCCAAUGUGCCCCCGGCGUUGAGCAAUGUCCAUUGUGCCGCACAGCUAUAAAAGGAUUUGUUAGAACAUAUCUUUCAUAAGUUAAAUGCCUAUUUAUUUCUCCGUUUGUUAAGGAAUG